AGCGCCGAGUGGAACAUGCAUAUGGGCAAGCAACGCAAACUGCUGCUGUUUUCAGGAUUGUUUGGUGAGUUCCAGUUUGUGGAUUCAAGUGAAGUCAAGCUAUGGAUACACUGGAUGAAAUUACAACCGCCACACUUAAAGAUGCAAAUAUUGGAGAAGACAUACUGCCUUCACUCUCCAGAGAUGACAUCAAAGAUCUGUUUCCUGGUCCUCAAAAUUUCCUCAGGCGUCGGGCUCUAUGGCUUGUGGUAAAUAAACAAGAGGAAGAGACUCAUGCUGAGAAAGUACCACCAUCAACCACUAGAGCCAGUGACCUCUCCCAAGAGGAGCCCAACACUUCGAAGUUUGUGACGAUAUCCAACCCAGAAUAUAUAGUCUUCACAGACAGUGAGCUUGAACAAGCACGGCGCUACUACUUUGAGCAGAAACGACUGGGGACAGACCACGUUGAGCCUUUAUCAAAGGACCUCUUCUGCCGACUCAUCAGAAACACAAUGACUAACAUGAUUUCAAUAGCAAGAGCCACUGAGGACUUCAGAUACCCCAGCAAACAUGAGGUGAAUGCUAUGGCGAAGCGAUUGGUGGAGUACUACCCGAUGAUAACAGGAAGGUGUGGUGAAUGGGAGCACGUUGCUAAAAAGCUCAUGAAGAGACUCUCAAAUGUCAAAAGUCCAAGAAAGGCUAAGGGCCCUCCUUCCAAGAAGCCACGACAGGAUGGGGAUGCAGAUGCUGCAACAACUGACUACGAUGGAGAUUCCAGUGGAUCAACUAUUAUUUUAUCACCUGCUCGAGCCAGCACCCCAGUGGAACAACAGGGUAGCAGUGAUGAAGCAUCUCCUUCAACUGACUUCUACAGCAGCCAGAAAACCCAGGCAAGACACUACAAGACUCUCCAACAAUUGUACAAGACCAAGAAGCCGAACAAAGCUGCAGUGACCCAACUAAUGGACCUGGAGUUUCAGUCUAGAAGACUCUUCAUAGACUCCGAUGCUGUAAAGGAACAAGACAGACCAACAAAGAUUCUCGAAGCUUACCCAUGUUUCAGAGAAGUGGAUCAUGUUUUGGAUGAAUUGCGGAGAAUUAUUCAACCAUCCAAUUCCCGGUACAUCUCUGAGAUGAAGGAAAGAUGGGAAAACUUCUACUCAAAGGUGCAGUUCUAUGGUGUGAUGAAAAAACUCGUGAAGCCUCCAAACACAUUGAAUGGAGUGGAGCAUGCCACAGCUGUAUUCAGAGCCCUGCCACAGCUCUUCCCAUCCAGCACUGUGCCUCCUAAGAAGUUGGGUGCCAGCAGUGAGGCUCUUUUCCAUGUCCUUACGACUUCAGAAGACCCUGAUUGUUUCCUGCGCCAGCGACUCUGUCUUGUCCAUUUGUGCUUGUCUCUGAAGACAACUGCAUGA